UUGAUAGAAACCUGUAGUAUUUCGCCUUGAAUCGUUUUCAAUAGUUACCAAGACAAGUGCUGCUACUGUGGAUCCACUCAUUCGGCUUGAAAAUGCCAAUUAAAUUGACAACACAGGCGUACUGUAAAAUGCUCCUACACGCCGCCAAAUACCCCCACUGCUCCGUUAAUGGACUUUUUGUAGCCGAAAAACAGAAGGAGAAGAAGAAAGAUAGUCACAAUGUUCCUGUCCUAUGUGUGGAUUGUGUACCUCUCUUCCAUGGUACCCUCGCGCUAGCGCCGAUGUUGGAAGUAGCGCUGACACUGAUUGACACAUGGUGUAAAGAGAACAGAUACGUGAUAGCAGGAUAUUACCAGGCUAAUGAACGCUCGAAAGAUUCAAAAGCAAACCAAGUGGCUGAAAAAGUAGUUGCAAGGAUUUCUGAACACUUCAAUGAAGCUGUAAUGAUUAUCGUUGACAACAGCCGUUUCACCAUGGGAUGCUUCGAACCUAUUGUAAAUAUCUUUGACCAUCAUGAAAACAAGUGGAAAUGCAGGGAUCCAAAUGUAGACUCGUAUGAGGACUGGGAGGAGGCCCAGAGGAUAACCUCCACGCUGCUGGAGAGCCGGGCAUAUGAGAGCCUCAUCGACUUCGACAACCACCUGGACGACCUCAGGAACGACUGGACUAACCCUGAAGUCAACAAGUCCGUCCUGCAUCUCUGCUAAAAAGAAAUAUAUAUGUAUGCCUUUCCUCCUCAGUGACCUGCAAAGCCAUCUAUGCCAAAGGGGGCAAUCCCUGGUGUACUGUGGGAAAUGAUUGACGUGUGGGCAGCUCUGUGGUCUGUACACGCACAGUAGAAGUGUUUGUUUUUUUCCCCUUCCUAAAAUACGACUGACGUUGCAAUCACAGUUAGUCACUGAUAAGAUGGGACUCCCCUUUUUUGUGGUAAAAAGAAAUUACUGUUUCUGAGAAGAUAUAUUUUCAGGUUGGGCUUGAAUAUGCACAUUUCUAGGGGAUAAUGAUGAGUUUUGUUUUUGUUUGUUUUUUUGUUAAAAUGAAAGUAUUUUCAGUUUCUGUAUAAUAAUAAGAUGAGGAUGGACAUAAUGAACCAUAGUAAUUACUCAGUAAAUUGUGCAACAAAGUUGUCAGAUGUAUUGAAUUUAAAUUAAAACAGAUUUACUUAACUUCUUAAGUCUUAAUAUAUAUGUUGUUUAUAAGGUUCUCCUUGUUUAUUUACCCGUAGUUAUGACGUAGCCUGAACACCAUGUCGAGGUUGUGACACCUUGAUUUUUAAUGUAAUAUCUUUGGCUAAUCUGCAAAUUUGAAAUCUUUUAUCACCGUUGAAACACAAUAGCUGGCUUGAAGAUCGCAGUUACAUUUGUUUGUAAAAAAAAAAGGGAUUUCAAUGAAUGUAAAAUAAAACCUUUUUGAGAGAAA